AUGAAGCUAGUUACCGUCUUCCUGCUCGUGACCAUUGGUCUUUGCAGUUACUCUGCUAAUGCCUUCAUUAUGAACAGUUUGUUCUCCCCUGUCAAGAAUGUCUUACCUCCCCUACCUGUGGACAAUGUUCUAUCCUUCAUGGAUCCAUUGAAGGGUCUUCUGAACACUCUGGGCAUUUCUGUUGAGCACCUUGUGGAAGGACUAAAGAAGUGUGUGGAUGAGCUGGGACCAGAGGCAGCUGAAGCUGUGAAGAAACUGCUGGAGGCCCUGUCAUACUUGGUGUGA